GGCAACGAAAUGGAAACCGAAAUCCAAGAAAUGUCCAUCUCCUCCUCCCCUCCAACAAUGUCAAUGCACAACACCACCUCAGAAAUCGACAUCGAGGACGACCGGAGGCACGACCGGCCCCUCCCCAUUUUUCUCAAGUUUGCUGAUGUGGAGUUUAAGGUAAGAGUUGGGAAUGCUUUAAAGAUGGAGCAUGAUGAUAAGUACAAGCAGAUAUUGAGAGGUAUAACGGGAAGCGUUGGCCCCGGAGAGAUCUUAGCUCUCAUGGGCCCUUCCGGCAGUGGGAAAACCACCUUGUUGAAGAUAAUCGGAGGCCGAUUGCACGAACAUGUCACUGGAGUUGUCACCUACAACGAUUUCUCAUACACUCCAGCUCUCAAGAGAAGGAUUGGGUUUGUGACACAAGACGAUGUGCUAUUCCCACAACUGAGCGUGGAAGAGACGUUGGUUUUUGCAGCAUUGUUGAGACUUCCAAGCAAGAUGAGCCGACGACAGAAAUACGAGAGAGUGGAGCAGAUUGUGAAGGAAUUAGGGCUGGAGAGGUGCCGGCAUACAAGAAUAGGCGGCGGAUUCAUCAAAGGCAUAUCGGGAGGAGAAAGGAAACGGACCAGCAUCGGACACGAAAUCCUGGUGGAUCCUUCGCUGCUGUUGCUGGAUGAACCAACUUCAGGGCUCGACUCUACGUCCGCCAAUAGGCUGCUGCAGAUUCUUCAAGGCCUCGCAAAGGCUGGCAGGACUAUUAUCACAACCAUCCAUCAGCCAUCCAGUCGAAUGUUUCACAUGUUCGACAAAGUUCUGCUGCUCUCCGAAGGCCAUCCCGUCUACUAUGGGAAGGCGCGCCACUCCAUUCAAUACUUUUCAUGCUUGAGCUUUGUUCCUGAGAUCGCCAUGAACCCUGCCGAGUUUCUGCUAGAUCUAGCAACCGGACAACUCAACGACAUCACUGUUCCUGACCACCUCUUUGCAUCACGAGACACUCCUAACUUUGAAAAACUGGUCAUCAAAUAUCUGCAGCACAAGUACAAAGCGGAGGUGGAGCCGAAAGAGAAGGAGGAGAAUCAUCAGAUGCCAAAGGCGCCCGAGGGGCUCCAGCUAGCCAUCCAAGUUAAGAAAGAGUGGACACUGUCUUGGUUUGAGCAGUUCGGGAUCGUGUUCAGGCGGACAUUCAAGGAGCGAUGGAGGGAUUACUUCGAUCUGAUCCGUCUAAUUCAGGCGUUCGGUGUAGCCAUUCUGUUAGGCCUGCUAUGGUGGAAAUCAAGCGCUGAAACAGAGGCCAAGCUCAGAGAUCAGAUUGGUUUGUUGUUCUACAUAUGCAUAUUCUGGACAUCGUCGUCCAUAUUUGGAGCGGUGUACGUGUUCCCGUUCGAGAAGAUGUUCUUGGUGAAAGAGAGGAAGGCGGAUAUGUACAGGCUAAGCGUGUACUACGCGUGCAGCACCAUAUGCGAUAUGUUGGCACAUUUGCUUUAUCCUACAUUCUUCAUGAGCAUUCUCUACUUCAUGGCUGGAUUCAAGCGAACCGCCGAAUGCUUCUUCCUCACCUUAUCCGCCAUUCUUUUGAUCGUCAUCACUAGCCAAGGAGCAGGGGAGCUGGCCGGAGCAGCGGUGAUGAGCAUCAAACGCGCGGGCAUGAUAGCCUCGAUGAUACUGAUGCUCUUCCUUCUAACGGGCGGAUACUACGUUCAGCACAUUCCCAAGUUUAUGCAAUGGCUCAAGUACUUGUCCUUCAUGUACUACGGCUUCAGGCUGUUGAUGAAGGUGCACUACACCGGAGAUGAGCUCUACGACUGCGGGACCAACGCAGGCUGUCGGAGGCUGCAGACCUCCCCCACCUUCGAUACUGUCGAUCUAAGCGGAGGGAUGACCGAAGUGUGGGUUUUGCUGGCAAUGGCGGUGGCUUUCCGCUUGUCUGCUUAUAUAUGUCUCCGAAGAAAGAUUAGUUCAUACCAUAUGUAGACCGAAGGAUUUCUCUUCUAAUUAAUCAACUCUUGUCACCAGCAUUCCAUAUCAAUGCUGCACAUUUUUUUCUUACAUCAAACUGAUUUGUUUGAAAUAAUGGGAGCUUACCACGAUUAAUAUCAGUAGCCUGCAUUUUAAUUGUUAA